UUGUCGAUAACAGUGAAAACGUGUUCUAUUGUAAAUUAGUGUUAAUUGUUAAUAAUAGUUCAAACAAGAAUGUCACUGAGGUAAUGCGGAUAGCAUUGUGGAAUAAGCAAGGAAGUCUACUGGCGAAGCUGUGAUCAAGACUCUCGGGGAAUAACUGACCGGUGAAGUUGCGAUAAUUUGAAAUCUAUAGUUUACGUUGAGGAGACUGAAUCCCGGACUUGAUGGUUAUCACAUAUCAGUGUAUACAUAUUUAGUUGAUAGCUGAUAAUGGCAAACAAAGGAGAUGGUGAUCCUGUGAAGACACGCGAGGCUAAUGGUGACCGUCGUAAGAAGGAUUCUGUUUGGACGAUCAGUAAGAGCAAUCAGGAGGAGUAUAUUUGUCCCUACGGAGAUGCUAUUAACUUAGCCGGUAAUGGCUGGUACAGCGCCACUCUGCUGGUGACCCUCAGCUCGUCAACCUUCGCGAUGGUUCUGGAAAUGUUCGGCCUCUCCGUGGUGGUGUCGGGCGCCACUUGCGACUUCGACCUGGGCGUCGUAGAAACCAGCAUCCUCCUCUCCAUGCCGUUUGUCGGUCCUGUCGUGAUGGCGUUCCCCUGGGGAUACAUCUCAGACACAUACGGACGCAGGAGAAGCUUGCGCAUAGCACUAUGGGUGAGCUUCGCGGUGUCUGCCAUCAGCUCCUUCUCACCCCACUGGAUCCUCUUAGCCAUCUUGAAGUUCGUCAGCACGAGUUUUUGCAGCUGCGCUCAUUCCGCGGGGUACACCAUGCUGGGCGAGUGCACUACGGAGCAUAGCCGCGACACCUACAUCCUCGUCAUGAGCAGUGUGCUAGACUUCAGUCUAGCUCUCUACGUCACAAUUGCUUAUUUCAUCGUGAACCUGGAUUUCGUCUACAAUCUGGGCUUUAUUACCUUCACACCCUGGCGUCUGCUGAACUUGGUGCUGUCGAUUCCUCUGGGCUUGGGAGCGUUGGGCACAUACUUCUACUACGAAAGCCCCAAGUUCCUGGUAAAUGUUGGAAGAUGUGACGAAGCUUUGGAUACGUUGAGGAAUAUUUGGAGACGUAACGGAGGACGUGGAAAUAACAAUAGCUACUACAUCUGGUAUCCGUUCCUGGCGGAAAAAUUCGCUUCUGAUUUCUCGUCAACAGACGGCAACUCAACUCUGGAACUGGUCAAUGGCAUGUGCAGCAUUAUUGUCAGCGACCAUCAGGGCAACCUGCUCAAGUACCGUGGACCUAAGCUUGGUCUGGUCUAG